UUAUAAAAACCUUGAGAGGAAGUCGAGGACAAUAUCUACUAGCGGUGGACUUGGGCUGUUACAACUAACACUCAAUUUAGCACCAAGAUCGAACCUAAGACCAUGUCUCAUUAUCUUUUUUUGACACAACCCCAGAAUUAUUCGCAAACAAAAUGGAUGAAAGAAGAUGAAUCAACAUGGUUGAGAUCCGUAUCUUUGUAGAUAUUUUAUGGAACUCGAAAAAGGAGUUAAAAGGAAAUGCUAUGAUAGCUCCUCCUCUAUAUGAUACUCUGUAAUUAAAAAAAAAAUAUGCAGAAAGAAGAGACAAGCAUAUCACCUCUCAAAAGCUAUGGUGCAAGGCGACAAUCUCAUUCCAUUCAGAUAGAAUUCCACUCUCGAAUCCUUUUGUUAAAUUGCAGCCUCUGAUUCCAACAUCUCUUAACCCCAAUUUCGAUCUCUGCAACUUUCACACCAUGGUCGAUUUCCACCCCGAAAUUUCCGUUUCGCCGCCGACCCACGACGGCCUCUACUUCUGGCAGUUCAUGAUCGCCGGGUCAAUUGCAGGGUCCGUCGAACACAUGACCAUGUUUCCAGUGGACACUCUCAAGACACGCAUACAAGCCAUCGGCGGAUCUUCAACAGUCCGACAAGCACUCGGCUCGAUUCUAAAGAUGGAAGGUCCAGCCGGGCUGUACAGUGGAAUUGGGGCAAUGGGUCUCGGUGCAGGACCUGCACACGCCGUCUACUUCUCAGUAUAUGAAUUCUGCAAAGAGGGGUUUUCAGUUGGAAAUCUUAACAACUCAUUAGCACACGCCAUUUCUGGGGUGUGUGCGACGGUGGCGAGCGACGCUGUGAUAACGCCGAUGGAUGUGGUGAAACAGAGGCUGCAGUUGAAGAGCAGUCCUUAUAAAGGAGUGGGAGACUGCGUGAGGAGAAUUUUGGUUGAGGAAGGAAUUGGGGCGCUCUAUGCCUCUUAUCGGACCACGGUGCUGAUGAAUGCACCGUACACGGCUGUCCAUUUUGCCACUUAUGAAGCGGCAAAAAGGGGAUUGAAGGAGGUCUCACCGGGAAGUGACAACGACGAGAGGCUGAUUGUUCAUGCUACAGCCGGAGCAGCAGCUGGGUCUCUUGCUGCUGCUCUUACAACGCCAUUAGACGUUGUGAAAACUCGGCUGCAAUGCCAGGGAGUAUGUGGGUGCGACAAGUUUUCAAGCAGUUCAAUUGGGUACGUACUUGGGCGUGUCGUUAAGCAGGACGGCUACAAUGGGCUGAUGAAGGGAUGGAUUCCACGGGUGCUUUUCCACGCGCCCGCUGCUGCGAUUUGCUGGUCGACCUACGAGGCUUCAAAAACCUUCUUUCAACAGCUCCACCAUAGCAACAAUUAAAAGAAGCUGCGCCCAUUUGUUUACUCACUG